AUGACUGCAUCACGCGAAGGAUCCAUUGACGUGGUACAACUACUACUUAAUCAUAGUGCCGAUAUCAACAUCAGAAAUGACCAGAACGAAACACCCUUGAUCCUCGCCGCAAGACUUGCUCAUGAGAGUUUGGUGCUGUUUCUCCUUGGCCACUGUGCACAUCUCGAUGUUGCAGACUUUCGCGUGUGGCUACAUCAGAUGGCUGUGAUACGAGGGUCCAGAUGGAGUACAGGAGUUGUGCACACAAUUCUCCGUCACGUCACUAAUAUUUGUUGGGCCGGUGAGGAUGGAGGCAGACUGCUGAACGUGGCUGCAGAAUGGGAUGAUCAUGAGAUAGCCCAGCUGUGCUUGGCGAAAGGUGUUGAUAUCAACUGGAAACAUCCAAAUGGCGGCACAGCACUAGCCGGGGCAAUUUUGAAAGACCGAGGUCGAAGCCCUGCUCCUUUCCUUACAUAUCUACGGUUGCCGCACGACGAUAGGGAUAUAAUCAAGAUGCAACCGGGAAUGAUUGCAAAUAAACGAGCAAUGGUGGCCGUCUUGUUGGACCAUGGUGCCGAUCUAAACUUGAGCUCAGAAUCCCGGGACGGUUCACUAAGGCCACCGCUCGUUGUUGCAGCUAGGCAAGGUCUCGACUGGGCAGUUGAAGAACUAAUAAAAUAUGGUGCUGACUGCAAUGCGCGAGGCAUGGUCCGUCGCAAGCCUGAACCGAGAAGGCAUCGACUUGCUUCUGCGUUUAGACGAACUCAUAUUCAGGAAGAACCCGCAGAUCUGAUUCAUGGUGGAUCGGCUCUGAUAUAUGCUUUUCGAUCGGGGCAAGUAUCGACAGUACGGCUUCUCCUGGCUUACGGCGCCAACACAAGCCUUGUGGAUGAGAAUGAGAGAACGGCUUUUGAAUGGGCCUGCGCAAUGGCUGGGUUCGGUCGAUACGAUGAGAUUAAACAGGCGUUAAUGGAGCAUGACGAGGCACUGGGUCGUUCUGCAAGAUAA